AUGGUGCGGGGGGACGAGGGGCGUGGCCGGGUCCCGUCCCGGGUCAGCCAAUGGGCGAGGCGCGCGUGCGGUGGGCGUGGGCGGGCGGCCCCGGGGCAGAGCGGGACCGGGAGCGGGAGCGGAGCGGGGAUGGAGCGGCGGAGCGGGAGCGGCGGCGGCGCGGGGCUGGCGGCGCUGGGCGCGCUGGGCCGGCGGCUGCUACCCCGCUUCAGACCUCUGGGGUCCCCCGCCAAGCCCCGGAUCGCCCCUCAUCAUCCUCCCGCAUCUCCCCGGGUCGCACUGCCGCGGACACUCCCCCCUCUGCUGCGCUGCGGACCCCGCUUGAGUUCCCCGCCGGGCGGGACCCCCGGGGGGACCCCCGUCCGUCCAACUGCGGCCCCACCACAUCGAGUCCCGCUCGAAGUCUCCGCCGGGCGGGACCCGGGGCUGGGCACCGCAUCCCCCCGGGCCCGCAUCCCCCCCGGGUCCCGCCGCCCGGUCCCGCCUUCUGCUGCGCAGCUUCCCCAGCUUGGGCUUCCCCCGGCGGGACCCCCAGGGCCGAACACCUCAUCCCCCCCCGGGCCCCGCUGCCGGGACCCCCCUUGGGCUCCGCGCCGGGCGGGACCCCCGCCCAAGGCGGCGCAUCCCGGGCACCCUCUGCAGCCCCCGCUCUGGCGGGACCCCCGGCGGCCGCACCGAGCCCCGCUUGGAGCUGCCGGCGGGGCGGGACCCCCGGGGCCGGUCCCCGCCCGCCCCACUGAGAGCCCCGUGACCCCCCCCGCUGCCCCCGCGCGGGGUCCCCUCGCUCCAUUCCCGCCGCGGGGUGACCCCCCCCCGGUACCGCCCGGGGCCUUCCGGCAUCGCCGCGGCCGGGCCGUGACUCACCGGGCCCGGGGGGGCCGCUUCCUGCCCGGCCGCGGACGGGGCGGGUGGAGGGGGGGGGCGCAGAACCCUCCCCGCGGUGCCGGAGGGGUGGGGGACCCCUUUACUCGAGACCCCCUUCCACCGAGACCCCCCCCAUCCUUUCGUGACCCCCCGGAACGGGCAGAGGUCAGCUUCCCGGAUGUGGAGCGGGCGGAAUGGCUGAACAAGGUCCUGGCCCAGGCCUGGCCCUUUUUUGGGCAGUACAUGGAGAAGCUGCUGGUGGAGAACGUGGCCCCCUCCAUCCGCGCCUCCAACACCCACCUGCAGACCUUCACCUUCACCAAGGUGGACAUGGGUGAGAAGCCCCUCCGGGUCCUGGGGGUCCGGGCUCACCCCGGCACCCACAAGAAGCAGAUCCUGCUGGACCUCAACAUCAGUUACAUGGGUGACGUCCAGAUCGACGUGGAGGUGAAGAAGUUCUUCUGCAAGGCAGGGGUGAAGGGGAUGCAGCUCCACGGGAUGCUGCGGAUCAUCCUGGAGCCCCUCCUGGGGGACGUGCCCAUCGUGGGGGCCCUCACCAUGUUCUUCAUCCGGCGCCCGACCUUGGACAUCAACUGGACAGGGAUGACCAACCUGCUGGACAUCCCAGGGCUCAGCUCCAUGUCGGACACGAUGAUCAUGGACACCAUCUCCUCCUACCUGGUGCUGCCCAACCGCCUCCUGGUGCCGCUGGUGCCCGACCUGCACGAGGCCGCCCAGCUCCGCUGCCCCCUGCCCCGGGGGGUGGUGCGGGUGCACCUCCAGGGCGCCCGGGACCUGCGCUCCAAGGACCGGUUCAUGGGGGGGCUGGUGGAGGGCAAGUCGGACCCCUACGCCGUCCUGCGCGUGGGCACCCAGGUCUUCACCAGCCGCGUCAUCGACGACAACCUCAACCCCACCUGGGACGAGGUCUAUGAGUUCAUCGUGCACGAGGUGCCGGGGCAGGAGGUGGAGGUGGAGCUGUUCGACAAGGACCCCGACCAGGAUGAUCUCCUGGGCAGGAUGAAGCUGGAUCUCGGGGAGGUGCUGAGAGCCCGGGUGAUGGAGGAGUGGUUCCCGCUGCAGGAGGGGGGUCAGGGCCGGCUCCGCCUGCGCCUGGAGUGGCUCUCCCUCCUGUCCGACGCCUCCCAGCUGGACCAGGUUCUGGAGAGGAACAGGACGAUCGUGGCCAAACCCGACCCCCCCUCUGCCGCCAUCCUGGUCGUGUACCUGGACCGGGCCGAGGAGCUGCCUAUGAAGAAGCCCGGGAAGGAGCCCAACCCCGUGGUGCAGAUCUCGGUGCAGGACGUCACACGGGAGAGCAAGGUGGUCUGUAACACCUCAGCCCCCGUCUGGGAAGACGCUUUCCGCUUCUUCCUGCACGACCCCAGGAACCAGGACGUGGAUAUCCAGGUGAAGGACGACCCCCGGCAGACCCCGCUGGGGUCCCUGUCCGUGCCCCUCUCCCGCCUGCUCCAGGCUCCGGAGCUGACUCUGGACGAGCCGUUCCCGCUCCAGCGCUCGGGGCCCGGGAGCCGCCUGUUCAUGAAGCUGGUCCUGCGGACCCGCAGGUGCUUUUCCUCGACGCCCCCGAGAGCGGAGUGUCCCCCCCUGUCCCCCCGGGGCAGCUGCAGCCCCCGGCCAGCACCGAGAGCCCCCCCCCGGCCCAGCCAGGCCAGCCCGGACCCCCGGUUUGGCACCGAGCACGUGCUGCGGAUCCACCUCCUGGAAGCCGAGAACCUCAUCGCCAAAGACAACUUCUUCAAGGGGGUGGUCCGGGGCCGCUCCGACCCCUACGCCAAGGUCCGGGUGGCCGGGAGGGUCUUCCGGAGCCGAGUGAUCAAGGAGGACCUGAACCCCCGUUGGAACGAGGUCUAUGAGGUGAUCGUGGACAACAUCCCAGGGCAGGACGUGGAGUUCGACCUCUUUGACAAGGACGUGGACAAGGAUGAUUUCCUGGGCCGGUGUAAAGUGCCACUGAGGCGGGUCCUGAGCAGCCGCAUCGUGGAUGAGUGGCUGCCCCUGGAGGAGGUGAAGUCGGGGCGGCUGCACGUGAAGCUGGAGAACCUGGACCCCCGGCCCAGCACCGCCCUCCUGGAGCAGGUCCUGCACACCAACAGCCUCCUGCAGCCCGCCCGGGGCGAGGAGCUCUCGGCCGCUCUCCUCUCUGUCUUCGUGGACCGAGCCGCUGACCUGCCGCUCCGGAAGGGCUCCAAAGCCCCCUCUGCCUUCGCCAGCCUGGCCGUGGGCAACGUCUCCUUCAAGACCAAGACCUGCACCCCGUCCACAGAGCCCACGUGGGACGAAGGCUUCUCCUUCCUCAUCAAGCGGCCGCACGAGGAGUCGCUGCAGCUGCAGGUGAAGGAGGAGGGGGGGCAGCCCCUUGGCACCCUCAGCCUGCCCCUGCCCCAGCUCCUGGCCUCGGAGGGGCUGGCUCUGGACGGAUGGUUCCCGCUGGCCGGGGGGGGCCCCGGCACCCAGAUCCUGCUGCGGGCACAGCUGGGGGUCCUGGUGUCGCAGCAGGUGGAGGCGGCGGCCGGGGGGUCCCUGGAGGGGGGGGACACGGACCCCCAGCCCGCAGAGGAGCGCGGGGAGGAGGAGGAGGAGGAGGAGUGUGGGACGGGGGGGCUGCGCCAGCGCCUGCCCCCCAAGGACAGCCCCCUGGAGCCAGCGGAGGGUCCCCGGGUCCAGCUCACGCUCUGGUACCACCGGGACGAGAGGAAGCUGGUGGCCAUCGUCCACGCCUGCAGGGAGCUGCGGGCGGCGGCGAAGGAGCUGCCGGACCCCUACGUGUCCCUGGUGCUGCUCCCCGACCGCAGCCGCGGCACCAAGAGGAAAACCAGCGUGCAGAGGAGGACCCUGAACCCCGACUUCAACGAGAGGUUCGAGUGGGACCUGUCCCUGGAGGAAGUGUCGCGGCGGAGGCUGGAAGCUCAUGUCAAAUCCACCCUGUCCUUCAUGACACGGGAGAAGGAGGCGCUGGGGAAGCUCCAUCUGAACCUGGCGCAGGUGGACCUGUCCGAGGGGGGAUCCCACUGGUACGAGCUGCAGGAUGAGCGGAGCGGCCCCUAGAGAGGGACCCCCGGCCCCAACCAGCCCCCCGUGGGGAGGGACCCUCCGGCUGCCGCCGCCCCCCGCCCCCGCCAAGCCCCCGCCUCGCCACCGACCAAAGACGGGCCGGGCCCCCCCCCGCGCCCCCCGACUGUUACGAACCUCGUGCCUUUGCC